AUGAUUGUACCUGUAGAAGUGUAUCACCAAGACAGGCCGGUUGUGAGGCAUGUCUGCUAUGCUAUGCUAGAUUCCCAGUCUGAUGUAUCCUUUAUACUAGAGGAGACCAAACAUAAACUAGGAGUUAGUGGCAUCAAAACAAAACUCAGUUUAUCAACGAUGACGGCUGAAUCGCAACUUGUAGACACAAAUAAGAUAAGUGGGUUGGUGGUCAAGGGACUAGGCAGUUGCAGCAGAGAGGUUCACCUACCCCAGGUUUAUACAAGAUCGAAUAUACCAGCCAAUAGGGGUCAUAUACCUACCCCUGAGGUAGCCCGGAAAUGGGGCCACUUAGAAGGAAUUGCUGAGGAGCUGGAGCCUACCUUGGACUGUGAGGUAGGGAUGUUGAUAGGAUAUAAUUGCUCAAGGGCACUAGCGCCUAGGGAGGUGAUCUGUGGCCGUGGACAUGAACCCUUUGCGCAACGGACGGAUCUAGGCUGGAGUAUUGUUGGUUUGACUGACCCUACAGAACAACAGGAAGUGGAAAAAGGCAGUAGUCAUCAUAUUGUCGUCUGCGGUGAAGCAUCAUCAGGGAAUAGGACGCAGCCUAUGGAGACUGCGAUGCCAGAGGUCACAAUCUGUCUGAAAACAGGAGUGAAAGAAGUUAUCUCUGUGUUGGAGACAGAUUUUCAUGAGGUCGAGUCUGUACAUCCCUUUUCACAGGAGGAUUCUCAGUUCCUAGCCAAGAUGGAAUCAGGAAUCCAUCAACUUCCCGACGGGCAUUACCAGAUGCCCCUCCCAUUUAAAGGGGAUAAGGCACCAACAGUAUCGAACAACAAACCUGCAGCCCUGAGUCGUCUCAAUCAGUUGAAGUCAAAGUUUAGGAGCAACCCUCAGCUGAAGACGAAAUAUGUCGAAUUCAUGGAAAAGAUCAUUGCCGAGGGAGAUGUAGAGCCAAUUGGGGAAACAGAACGUCAAACCGAGAAGGAGGGACAUUUGUGGUAUCUUCCUCACUUUGCUGUGUUUGGUCCCAAGUCUGAGAAGAUUCGCGGGGCAUUUGAUUGUCGAGCACAAUAUUUGGGACGAUGUCUGAAUGAUUAUCUACUUCAGGGCCUGGACAUGAUGAAUUCACUGGUAGGGGUGCUAUGCAGAUUUUGUCACGAACCCGUGGCUGUAACAUGUGACGUCGCUCGUAUGUUUCAUCAGUUCCGGGUAAAUAAAGAUGAUCGGGAUUACCUUAGGUUCCUGUGGUGGCCAGGAGGGGACGAGUCAAAGCCAACAGUGGAAUAUCGCAGCAUGUUUUUCCUAUUUGGUCUACGUUGUGCUCCAGCAUGCUAUGCUUUCGGUCUAAAACAGAUUGCCAGUGACUUUAAGCCUAAGUAUGGAGAGGAGGCGGCAGAUUUCAUCAUGCAGCAGUUUUAUGUUGACGACGGAUUAAGGUCAAAACCAACCAUAGAGGGAGCUCUAUCACUGGUCAAAUCAGCCCAGGAGGCCUGCGGGGAAGGCGGACUACACCUCCACAAGAUAGCGUCGAACUGCAGAGAGGUGUUGGAGAGUAUUCCAGAGGAGGACCGUCUGCCUAGUCUGAGACAAAGCGAGCUGCCUAUGAACAAGGGGGAGCUCAGUUAUCCCCUAGAGCGUGUGUUGGGAAUACAGUGGUGCAUCGAAAGUGACACUCUGACAUUUAGAAUCGUCCUCAAGGAUCGACCAUUGACACGCCGCGGAAUCCUGUCGACAAUUGGAUCUAUUUACGACCCCCUAGGAAUGGCUGCACCUGUCCUGUUAGUGGGAAAAAUGAUCUUGCAGGAGUUAUGCAGAGAAAAUGCAGACUGGGACACACCUCUGUCAGAAAAUCUCAGGAUGGACUGGGAAAAGUGGAGGAGUGAAUUGCAACACUUGGAGCAGCUGUCAACACCGAGAUGUUAUAAGCCAGGUGGAUUUGGGGAAGUGGCAUCAGCAUCUCUACACCACUUCUCUGAUGCGAGCAGCAGGGCCUAUGGACAAUGUUCAUACGUCCGUCUUGUGAGCAGGCAAGGCGACGUACACUGCAGUUUCAUCAUGGGGAAGGGUCGAGUUACUCCUUUGAAACCACUCACCAUACCUCGCCUGGAGCUAACUGCGGCCCUGACAUCUGUCAGGAUAAGCACUCUGCUGACAAGGGAGCUUGAUUACAAGAUUGCUGAGCAGACAUUUUGGACCGAUAGCAAGGUGGUCAUGGGUUACAUCGCAAAUGAGGAGCGCCGGUAUCACGUCUUCGUCGCAAACAGAGUGCAGGAAAUCCGAAAAGAGACUGAGCCGAGUCAGUGGCGCCAUGUAGCGGGGGAAGAGAACGUCGCUGAUGAAGCCUCACGUGGACUGAACCCUGAGCAACUUGCAAGUGGUACUGCUAGAUGGCUUAGGGGACCUGAUUUCUUAUGGGAGAGGGAGCUUCCCAAGGCUGGGCAUCAGGAGGUUGAAGAGAUUGAGGAUGAUCCAGAGGUUAAGAGGGAAAUCACAGGAGCUGUUUUGGCAGUGAAUGCCAAGGCAGCAAACAUGUACCCAUCUCUGCUCGAGAGACUGAGCAGCUUCUCCUCAUGGGAGGCAGCAAAAACAGCCAUUGCCAUAUGUCUCAGAUAUAGGGACCGUCUCUUGGGAAAACAAGACGCAACCAUUAAGCAGCGCCCCCUGGCAGCGGAGGAUAUGCAGCGUGCUGAGAGAGAGAUUCUUAACGCAGUUCAGCUCAAGGCAUUUGCCGAAGAAAUAGGCAUCAUAAAGGAUUUGGAAGGCCGGGAUGGCACUGGGGGAGAGAAUGUCAAGGUCAUUAAAGCCAGCUCUCCUCUGUACAAGUUGGACCCCUUCAUCGACCGGAAAGGAAUCCUCAGAGUAGGAGGACAGACACAGAAAGCAGAAUAUGAUCAUGGCAUUAAGCAUCCAGUCAUAAUGCCAAGGGAAUCGUAUGUCGCCACCCUCCUCAUUAGGCAUCAUCAUGUAGCUGAGCAGCAUCAAGGUCGGGGAAUGACCAUGAACAGCAUACGUCAAGAGGGAGUAUGGAUCAUCGGAUGUCGCCGGGCUGUGGCCAGUUACAUCGACAAAUGCGUGCUGUCCCGCAGGCUCAGAGGAACAACCAACAAGCAGAAGAUGGGAGACCUGCCCAAGGACCGAUUGCAAACAGCCCCUGCGUUCACCUACUGUGGGGUUGAUGUUUUUGGUCCUUUCCACAUCACUGAGCCAAGGAAACGAGAGCUGAAGAGGUACGGAGUAAUAUUUACGUGCUUGGCCAUGAGGGUCCAGAUUGAGACUGUUAACACUAUGUCUACCGACUCCUUCAUCAUGGCGCUCCGCAAAUUCAUUGCAGUCAGGGGAAGCAUAAAAAUCUUGAGAGCUGACUGUGGAAGUAACUUUGUUGGCUGUGAACAUGAGCUCAAGGAUGCCUGGGACGAGGUUGACCUGGACGCCGUAGGAAAAUUCCUCCUGAAAGAAAAUGGGGAUUUUACCUUCGAAAUGAACGUACCCAGUGCUAGCCACCAAGGCGGCGUCUGGGAGCGCCAAAUCAAGACUACCUGGAGCAUCUUGAAUACGAUGCUGUUCUCACAUGGCAAGCAGCUUGACGAUGAAAGUCUCAGGACAUUCCUCUACGAAGUGGCAGCGAUAAUAAAUGGCCGCCCUCUGACAGUCGAAAAUCUCGACGACGCUACGAGUUUGGUGCCAUUGACACCAAACAUGUUACUAACAAUGAAAUCCAGGGUCAUCGUCUCACCCCCUGGAAACUUUCCUGUCCAGGAUCUCAUGCUCAGGAAAUACUGGCGUCGAGUACAGCAACUGGCAGACCAGUUUUGGCACAGGUGGCGCAAGGAGUAUGUACAAAACCUCCAAAUCAGGCAGAAGUGGAUUUGCCCAAAACGCAAUCUGGAGAAGGGCGAUGUUGUACUUGUACGCGACAAAAACCUACCGAGGAACGUGUGGAAGCUGGCACGAAUCCAGGAAACGUACACAGGAGACGACAAUCUGGUUCGAAAGGUCAAGGUCAAGGUUGGAGAUCGCUCACCGGACAACAAAGUACGUCGAUUGACCUAUCUCGAAAGGCCAAUACACGAGCUCGUCCUGGUAAAGGAAGCCGAAGACGUUAAGCAGCAGUAA